CUUUAGGGUUUAAGCGCAGUCAGCACAGCCCUCCCAAAAACUAUAUCUGAAAAACAACUGCUUUUCCUUUAUAUUGGAUCCCUGCCGCCAUUAGGAAGUUACUUUACGCAUGGCCAACCCUACAAAUAGUAGUGAGCUUGCCAAUCUGAGCACGCAGAUGAAUGGGAAGCGCAGGAGGAAAAAAUCCAUGGUUUGGGAACAUUUUACAAUUGUGACCAUUGAUGCCGAAUGUACAAAAGCCCAUUGUAUGCAUUGCGGCAAUAAAUUUGCGUAUACUUCCGGAUCAAAGAUGUCUGGUACCAGUCAUCUCAAACGACAUAUUCAGUUGGGAAUUUGUCCUGCACUCCGUGACAAUUUGAAAAGUGGUCAGGCUUCACCAUGUACCCCUCUUCCCCCCAUUAAUGGCACUCAUGUUAACGGUCCACCAAGAAAACGGCAUAAAAUCACAUCUCGGUCAACUAGGGAUUCUUUUUAUCAUGAUCGUUGCAGAUAUGAUAUUGCAAAGAUGAUUAUUAUGCAUGGAUAUCCACUUGACAUUGUGGAGCGUCCCGCCUUUUUAAAUUGCAUAAAGGCUCUUUACCCUCAAUUUCCCGCAGCUCCCCUUGAGGCUGUGGAAACAGAUUGUGUGGGACUGUACCAGAGGGAAAGGAAUACCCUUAUGAAUCUCAUUAACAGUAUCCCAGGGCGUGUUAACCUAUCUCUGGAAUUGUGGUCUACAGACCAAAGUGUAGCUUAUGCACUCAUAACAGGCCAGUUCAUUGAUGAAGAUUGGAAAUUACAUCGAAGGAUCCUUUCUGCUGUUUUGGUACCAUUUCCAGAUUCAGAAUCUGCAUUAGAUCAUGCUUUCUCUUCUUGUAUUACUGAUUGGCAUCUGGAGAACAGGCUACUUUCAGUAACUCUUGAUGACUCUUUUGCAAACAAAGCUGUGAGAGAGCAUCUAAGCAGUUUACCUUCUGUCAAAAACCAGCAAACUCUCAAUGGUAAUUUCUUGAUGGGGAGUUGUUUUGCUGGAGUUUUGGGUCGUCUUGCUCAAGAUGCUUUAGGGUUGUUAAGGGAAACUAUCAAGAAAGUUCGUGAUUGUGUAAAGUACGUGGUAACAUUGGAAGCUUGUCAAGUGAGAUUUAAUGAUCUUAAACUAACACUCCAGGUACCAAGUACAAAAAGUCUUGUUCUUGAUGACCAAACUCAGUGGAACAGCACUUAUUAUAUGUUGGUAGCUGCAUGCGAGUUGAAGGAGGUAUUUCUUCUCUUAGACUUCGACUCCAAUAAUCAAGUUACAGUCGCAAUGGAUGAAUGGAAACAAGUAGAAAUUCUAUGCAGAUACUUGAAACAUGUGCUUGAUGCAGCAAAUAUUUUGACGACCCCCACAUAUCCAACAUCUAAUGCGUUUUUUCAUGAAGCUUGGAAUUUACAACUAGAGCUUAAACAAGCAGUAGAGAGUGAAAAUGCGUUUAUCAGAAACUUAACUAGGUCAAUGUAUGAAAGAUUUGACAAGUACUGGAAAGAUUGUUUUUUAGUCUUUUCUAUUGCUGUUGUUAUGGACCCACGUUUUAAGAUGAAGCUUGUAGAGUUUAGCUUCCGGAGAAUCUAUGGAGAGGAUGCGGAUCCCUGGAUCAAAGCUGUGAGCGAUGGUGUUCGUGAACUGUUUUUUAAUUAUGUAGUACAAGGGCUUCCUCUACCAGCUUUUUUUGCUGAUGAAAUUGGAGACUCCUUGAAGUCUGAAAAUGAAGGAAAAAACCAUCUUUGUGAAGUUAUAACAACCGAGGAUCCCCAAAAUGAAUUAUAUUUUGACGGGAUUGGUGCUUUUGAUCUUUAUAUUUCUGACAACACGAGUCACAUGAAUGACGAACUUGAUCGAUAUUUAGAAGAAACGGUAUUACCUCGGAAGCAAGAAUUUGAUGUUUUGGGCUGGUGGAAAGAAAAUAGAAUAAGCUAUCCUACUUUGUCGAAAAUGGCAUCUGACAUAUUGUGCAUUCCCUUCUCUACAGUUUCUCAAGAUUCUGUGUUUGAUAUGACAUGUAAGAAGAUGGACAGAUAUCAAUGUUCGUUAAGACCAACGACUCUUGAGGCACUUAUAUGUGCCAAAGAUUGGCUGCAACAUGGAUCUUCAGAUUACUUGCCAGAUUACUUGCCAGAUUAUUUGCCUCUAGUCAAAGUCGAUUGAGGAAAAUGAGUUUUAGCCUCUUUUAGUGUUACAGUAUCAAGGGUGCUUUACAGGUGCCUUCUCAAAUAUCUUAUUUUAAGUAACAGAUAUCCGAAUUAUUUUACGAAUUUUUUUGUCCAAAGGUAAUAAUCAGGUUACUUUGUGAGGUUUCCGUUGAACACAUUCUUAUUUCUGAUUUGUAGUAUAAUGUAAAUCACGUUGGGAUAUUGGUUACCUUUCUCAAACUUAUAUAUAUACUAUUCUUUCUGUCUUA